AAACUCACAGGAAGAUGAAGUAAACGGAAGCAGAGAGGAAGAGGCGAAGUGAGAGGAUUUACAUCGCCCAAAAUCGGUCCUCGUGAGAUACGAUUUAGAAGUGUCGAAUUACGUGAGGCUUAUUAAAUUGAAUAUAAGUUGCGUAAUAUUUAGGCUGUUCUAAAUGUACUGAUAUAAGUGUACGCACGUGGAAUUCAGGCAACUGAGAAAAACGAUUUAGUUGUAAAUAAUCUUUACGGAAAUGAAGUGUCCAAUAACAAUUUCCACGUUAGCGUUUCUAUUGUUAUUUAGGCGUGUAUUAACACCCAACUAAAAAUAUUACUAAUUUAACUGCAUAGCGUCACAUACUUAAUUCGCAUUGGAGACAGGACUUGGUUGAUAGAUGUUAUCUAGGUAAUGCUAGCUGCUAACAAUGGCUAACUGUAUGGUGUUUCACACUCAAAUAGCCUCCAUCAUGGAGGUACUAGCGAAUGCAGCCGUGGCAGAGAUCUGUAAACUCGUAGACGACGACUAUGCAGUGUUUCGUUUGGAAAUAACUCAAAGCCAGAAAGAAAACAGGGCAUUGCGGAGGAAACUAUUGGAACUGAAGGUGGCACGGGAGCGCGCAGAAAGGACAAUGCGAGAGCGCGUCCUCGCCUGUCGCCCAAGUAUUAAGAUCCUUGACCGAUACAGAGGAAUAGCAAGAGGUGAAGGACAUCUCACUGGAGGCCACAGGAGCUUUGUGAAGCCAGCAGGACACAAUACAUUGAGAGAUGACCAACCAAUCACUGUUGAUGAGGGGAGUGGAACCUCAACCCAGCACAUUAUUGUGAUAGAUUCUGCAGGUCCUGGGGUCAAGCAGGAGACAUCUGAAGGAGAGGAGAACCCACUGUACAGCAGAGACCUCCAAACUGGAGCAGUGGGAGCGCCUCCUGUAGCCAUGGACAAACCCACCACCGCCCCAGCGCAGCCCAAGACCCAAUGCAGCAUCACGGAGGUCAGUGGAACGCUGAACGCCAUCCUCAAGUCAGAGACAGACACAGAGACUUCAACUGUAACACAAAGGCUUUUACACACAGGAUCUGACCAAAUGUCAGACCCAGAGAGAAUGGGGCUGGGGAGACUGGGCUGUCCUCCUGCUCCUGCUUCAGCGUACGUACUUUAUGGAAACCCGAGCCCGAGGACGGUUCAUUCCCAUCCGGACUCAGGUGACGCGUCAGAGACUGGUAAUGAUCCUUCUUGUUCUUAUAUUUCAGAGAUGGACCCUAGCAACAUGCCCUUGGGUUUAGAGGCACAGACUGAUCUGUCUAGACGGGACUGGAACCGGUGCAGUAGAAGUGUAUACUCUGAAGGGUGCCUAUAUGAGGCAGGGGAGGGUAUGGCCAUAGAUGAUGUGACUGUGAAAGUGGAGGGUGACAUUCCUCCUACAUGGAAUGCAGAUAGUCACCAAGGAGAUGGACACUCACAGGGCAGAGAUUUCUUAGAUUACAGGGAAAGCUUGGAGACCAAUCCAAAUGUCCCUUUACACACGCUCAAGGAUCGCGACCCAUUGUUCACGUCAAUGGGGCCUUCCGAUUCACAUGGCAGCACCCUUUUCAAUCAGGUAUUGAACUCAAACGACAGGACUAGAGCCCAGGCUCAGAGAGGGGAAGCUACAUCAGGCAAUAGUAAAGAUAAACGAUUCCCCUGCAUGUUCUGUAACAAAGGAUUCAGCUGCCCCCAGAAGGUGGAGAUCCACCAGAGGGUCCACACAGGGGAGAGACCCUACAGCUGUGCCCAGUGUCACAUGCGCUUCACCCAGGCUGGCAACCUGAAAAGACACCAGAGGGUGCACACUGGGGAGAAACCCUACAGCUGUACCCAGUGCCACAUGUGCUUCGCCCAGGCUGGUCACCUGAAGAUGCACCUGAAGGUCCACACGGGAGAGAGGCCGUUCACUUGUACGCACUGUGGGAAGAGGUUCUCAGAGAGGAGCUACCUCAGAAUACACCAGCAGAAAAAACACUCCACUCUGAUAACAUAGAAAGUAACAAUUUCACUCGGUAGCUUCUGACGUUUAGAUCAAACCCUGUAUUUCAUCAGAAAAGCUCCACAGAUGCAUUUGGAAUGACAAGAGUAACAUAUUUCAGUUAUUUCACAUAUUUGGGACAGCAGCGUAGCCUAGUGGUUAGAGCGUUGGACUAGUAACCGGAAGGUUGUAAGUUCAAACCCCCGAGCUGACUAGGUACAAAUCUGUCGUUCUGCCCCUGAACAGGCAGUUAACCCACUGUUCCCAUGCCGUCAUUGAAAAUAAGAAUGUGUUCUUAACUGACUUGCCUGGUUAAAUAAAGGUUAAAAAAAUAAUUAAAAAACAUAUUUCAGUGUUGAAUAUUCCUGGGUAGAGUGUUGCAUAUAGACUUUGGCAUAUUUAAGCCUACAAAUCUAUUACAUAUUGUGUUGGCUAUAUGAUGUUCACAAAUGCCUAUUUCAUUACUUCCAUUCAACUACUUACUUUUUUCCCCAAGACACUUUUAAUGAGAAAAUGAAUGCAGUUUAUCAAGUUCAUGCUUAAUUUUUGUAUAUGUGUGGUUUUCAUAUGGAGUAUUUAAGUUUUGUUUAAUAAACACGAAAUGAGACUUUUCA